AUGAGUGUUCUCGACGAAGAUGAAUUGUUAAAUUUUAAUAUACUACAUUAUUAUCAUAGUUUAGAAGAACUAACUGAUCCUAUUCUUCUCAAAGAAGUUAAUUUCGAAAUGAUUUGUGCUGAUUUACGCUCAUUACCGCAACCUCUCUAUGAAGAUUAUUGUUCGAAGAUCAUUGAUUUUAAAUUAUUUGUCGAAAAAUUUACAGAAUUUGUGCGCAGUUGGUCAGAAUUGAGUUUAAUCAGUUGCUUAAGAAAAGAUCGAACAGAAAAAGAACGAUUGAAAAUUAUUGAAGAUUUUUGGAAUGAAUAUCGAAAUGGUAUGCAAGUUCAAGGAGCAGAACAUUUUCAAAACAAUCCGAAUCAAUCAUAUGUUAUACUAAGAAAAUUGUAG